AAGCAAUUUAAUGUCAUCUAGCCUCGAUAUUAAUUGAUAUUGAUGCAAAAGAUACAUUACGCAAACGUAUGAGCAUGAGCGUGUAUCCGCCCCGGCGGCAUGUGUGGAUCAUCUCAACCAUAACAGCCUCGGCAUAAUGAAGAUUGAACAUGUAGAAGCCGUGUUUACAGACGAUAAGGCUCAGCCAAGGUCUGUUUAUUUCGCCGGACAGACGAUAUAUGGGGUACUGAAGUUCCGGGUGUCAGAGGAGUUUCCUGUUAACAGCGUUGUUCUGAAAUGUAAGGGGAAAUCCCAUGUCAAAUGGGAGAACGAUGAUGAUAAAACUAUCCACUAUGACGAGCUGUACAUGGAGGAGAACGUCUACCUUGUAGGAUCCAAGGACUCGGGAGAUUUUAAACAAGAUCUUCAUGUGGGAGAACAUACGCAUAACUUCUCGUUCAAGUUAAGAGAGGAUUUACCCACAUCCUUUGAGUCCAAACAUGCGUACGUCCGAUACUUUCUCUGUGCCAAAUUCUAUCGACCAGGCUGGAAGAAGGAUUAUGAAUUCAAGCAACCCUUUACUGUACUCUCUAUUAUUGACCUAAACAAUAUACCGGAAGCCCAGGCACCUGUACAUUCUACCGAUACUGACACUGUUGGUUGCUGUUGUUGUGCUGAGGGUCCUGUCAGGUCAGAGUUCAAGGUUGAUAGGACUGGCUAUGUCCCAGGGGAAUAUAUCAUUAUCAAUGCAGAAAUCGACAAUAGAACCUCCAAAGUGAUGGACGAGUCUAGGGUGGAACUGUGGAUGAAGCUGAAGUUGAAGGCGGGUUCAGAGAGAAAAACGAAAAAAACAAAGAUAGCUGAAUUGAAGCAUGGAUCUACAGGCCCCGGGGGUCAGGAUAUCUGGAGUCGGGAGAGACUUCAUAUUCCACCCUGCCCUCCAACUAUGUUGGAAGACUGCACAAUUAUUGAUAUUACUUAUUACUUACAUUUUGUGGGUGAUAUAGGUUUCCUUGGUGUGCUUCAUGAGGUCCCUAUUCUAAUCGGAAGUGUCCCUCUAAGCAAUGUUUACUCUAUGCCAAACAACUGGGGUUUUAUGCCACCACCUUCUUUGCCUCCGCCCCCUACCAAUUCGAAUUCACCUGCGGUGGAUCCGGCAGAUAUUUCACUCUCGCCAAUAACGACACAGCCCGGAUUUUUACCAACUGCUCCUCCACCCUCUUACCAGGAUAGCUUAGAAUUUACUGGAACAAUCGUAACAGAAAAAAAUGAAGGCAAAAAGAAAGAAAAAGACUUCAAACCAACAUAUAUUUAUUACAACUUUGGAACAGAUCCUCUUACAAUGUAAUACAUAUGUUAUACAAACCAACAUAUAUUUAUUGAAUCUCUUAAAGUGUAAUACAUACAUAUUUUAUACAAAACAAAAUAUAUCUAUAGAAUCUCUUACAGUGUAAUACAUACAUAUUAAAUUUCUUAAGGAGGAUCUGUACACCUAUGAAGUAUAUGUGAUUUUUGUUGCAUGCCUUAGUGUCUAAUAAUGGGCUCAGUAUCCAAUAAAAUAAAGCUUCAAA